AAGUUGAGUUGAGAUUCAUGAUAAAAUUCAUUUUUUCCUUCCAAACCCAGAAAAUGAAACAAACAGAGAAUCUAAAUUUCAUGGAAAAGAUGGCCAAUUCAGGGAUGAUCUGAGUCCAAUUUCCACAAGAUUUGUGGCAUUUUUUCAGGAUUCCUCCUCUGAAGAUUUUCUUCUAAAGAUGGGACGGAUGAUGGGAAUAACUCAUGCCAAGCAAAAGCUCCAGCGAACUCUCUCAUCAAGAAUCACCGGAGCGAUUUCAGCCACUGCAAAUGUUCCCAAAGGCCACUUUGCAGUGUACGUUGGAGAAUCGCAGAAGAAGCGGUUUGUGAUCCCCAUAUCUUACUUGAACCAUCCUCUAUUCCAAGACUUGUUACAUCGAGCCGAGGAGGAAUUCGGAUUCGACCAUCCAAUGGGUGGACUAACAAUUCCAUGCAGUGAAGACUACUUCAUCAGCCUCACUUCCCAUUUGAGUUGUUCAUAGAUGGUGGCUGCAGCCUUGUAACCUGGCUCUCCUUCAUGCCUUUAGGCCAUUUCUUACCUUUCUCCCAAGUCUGAAAACAGCAGAAACUGAGACAAUCAAGCCAGUCUCAGCGAUUUUGUAAUGUGGGGGGGUUUUUCCUAAAUCCUUCCCAUUCGGAUGCUUCUUUGCUGGAAUCUGUAAAUGAAUUGUCCAUCAAUAAAUUUUUUCUAAUCUCAUGAUUUUAUUAGCA